AAGAUUCCAUGGUUUUGGAAUGAAUCUCCAGCAUACUGGCAUCAUUUGUCUACGACAUGGUCAGGCGAUACUGGCCACUGGAAGAUAUAUCUCGAUGGUUCCUUGGUCUCCAUUAUGCAUGAUGUAGCUUCAAGUAAAACCUUUCAUGCAGAAGGAAGACUUUCCUUACAUGGUGGUAUGGCGCACAAUAGCCAUCAAAGUAGACUUAAUGUUUGGAGCUAUAAAAUUGAUGGCCAUGCUUUAUCAUUAAUGGCAAACAAAGGACCAUUGUUUGAAAACGGUAAUGUCUUCGCGUGGUAUGGAAUAAAAUCCAAGGUUACGGCAAGCACAGUCUUCCAAGAAACCUCGAGUGAUCUACACAACUCUCGGUCGAUGUCUGUAUACCAGAUGGAUUUUCCCUCCGCUUCGGACAAGAACUACGUAUUAAUAAAAGACGCUGUCCAUGAAGCAAUCAGGUUCUUUUCCCUUUGUUUUUGGGCAAAAUUUUUGCGCACAUAUGCUGGCGUAUUUGUCUACUCAAGCCCAAGUAUGAUGAGAAAUUGGGUCUUUUUAUACAAUGACUUUGUAUUGGACCUCUCUAUCAAGCAUUCGGGGAAAAACGGGUCUGUGAUUUCCAACCACACAUCGUGGCAUUUUUAUUGCCUGCAGUGGAGAAACAGUGAUGGUUUAGUCCAGACUUAUCAAGACGGAAAAAACCUGGGAACGAAUCACAAAGCGUCAGGUUCUACAAUACCCUCCAAAGGCAUCGUGGUUCUUGGCCAGGAAUUGGAUGGUUAUGGCAGCCGUUUUGAUAGCAACCAGGCAUUUCAAGGAAGCCUCGCAGGGUUAAAUCUCUGGAGCCAAUUUUUGACAGCAAAUAUUAUACAAGGAAUGGCAUUCGGGGUCCUGAAUGUUAACGGAAAUCUUCUCCAAUGGAGAAAUUUCAGAAAUCAUACAUUUGGUAUCGUAACUGUACGACAUGGAUCCGAAGCAGAGAUUCCAGAAUAUCGAGUACAGAGUCUUCGAGAUAAGUGGUGUGCGAAAAACAUCACUGAAGUUUUCACUUAUGCAAGAUUUGUUCUCGGUCUGGACACAGAUGGCUACAAGUGGCGGUGUGUUGCACCUGCGGCCAUGUUGGAUGAAAAUAUGUGUUACAAUAUCACUAAGAAGUCAUCUUUGUAUUAUCCCAUGGACACGAACGAAGACAUUUUCGGAAAUAAUUGA